AUGCAGAGGCUGCGGCGGAAAGCGCGGGACACCCUGUCCAAGGGGUACUUAGACGGGCGGCUGCAUUCUGCUUUGUGCAGUCUUCCUGAAGAGCAUGAAGCGGAUGUGCUUCUGCAGACAUCGCGAGACCCCGGCACAGCUCCAGUUCAGCAGCAACUGGGCAGUUGCGAAACUCCUGGUGCGUCCGGUCAUCCUGUCAAUGCUGCACAGCAACACACCGGUGCUGAAGCCGCACUGUCGUCUGCGCAAAGGCUGCGGCAGAAAGCACGUGAUGCCCUGUCAAAGGGGUACUUGGACGGGCGGCUGCAGUCUGCUUUGCACGACUUUGCUGAUGAGAGCGCAGCGGAUACGCUGCUGCCGAGUUCACAAACGCCUGGUGUCCCCUCAGCCCCUACUGUGAGUCCUGCGCAGCAACGCCGUGCUGAAGCAGAUGCGAUGCUGCCAAGUUCAGCAGAAGCAGCUGUCGCCCCAGCUGCGACUGCCAGUCCUGCACUGCAGCAAACAGCUGAAGCGGCGCUGUCGCUGUCGCCGGUGCAAAGGCUGCGGCGAAAAGCACGUGAUGCCCUGUCAAAGGGGUACUUGGACGGGGGGUUGCAGUCUGCUUUGCACGACUUUGCUGAUGAGAGCGCAGCGGAUACGCUGCUGCCGAGUUCACAAACGCCUGGUGUCCCCCCAGCCCCAACUGUGAGUCCUGCGCAGCAACGCCGUGCUGAAGCAGAUGCGAUGCCGCCAAGUCCAGCAGAAGCAGCUGUCGCCCCAGCUGCGACUGCCAGUCCUGCACUGCAGCACACAGGUGCUGAAGCCGCACUGUCGUCCGCACAAAGGCUGCGGCAGAAAGCACGUGAUGCGCUGUCAAAGGGGUACUUGGACGGGCGGCUGCAGUCUGCUUUGCACGACUUUGCUGAUGAGAGCGCGGCGGAUACGCUGCUGCCGAGUUCACAAACGCCUGGUCUCCCCCCAGCCCCAACUGCGAGUCCUGCGCAGCAACGCCGUGCUGAAGCAGAUGCGAUGCCGCCAAGUUCAGCAGAAGCUGGUGUCGCCCCAGCUGCGACUGCCAGUCCUGCACAGCAGCAUACAGCUCAAGCUGCGCUGUCGCCUGCGCAAAGGAUGCCGCCAAGUUUAGCAGAAGCUGGUGUCGCCCCAGCUGCUGCGGUCAGUCCUGUACCGCAGCAUAGUCCUCAAGCAGAUGUUUCAGCAGAAGCUGCUGUCGCCCAAGCUGCGGCUGUCAGUCCUGAAGUCUUGCCGGCGUCUUUGCCAUCUCCAGCCGUGACGCCAAGUCCAAGUCCGGAGCAGGCUUUGCAGAGCGGGCAGGUUGCGCCCUUCUCGGCUCUUCCGGCGGCUUCGGCCUGGGUAUUGACGGAUGCUGAGGGCGACAACGCACAAAUCGAAACUCCGCGCCUGUCCAGGUUUGCGCCAAGCACAUUUCGCAGAAAGCCGUCAGCACACAGUGAGUCGAGCGUUGUUUCUGAAGAUCUCGUGGAUUUCAUGCCUGACAGGAGCAGCUGGCUGCUGAACGAGAACAAGGACUUGCAGCCUUCGGUUGUUCAAGCCAGCAUGGCCUCGAGAUGGAGUCACCGCAGCCUGGCGGCCGAGAAGCAGGCCUUGCAGGCCAUGCUGGCUGAGUUCACGCCACGCAUCUCCGACUUCAUACCUUCCAAGGAGUUGCCUUCGCUGCAGUCGGAGCUCCUGCACCUGAGGCCAGAUGAACGUCUGCCGUCAACGAAUGACUUCACACUGGAGGUUGCAGAUCCAGACCUGCAAGCUUUUGUCCCGUUGCCGUACGACCCUGGCAGAAGUGGUGUGCUCACCAACCGUCCUCCUCGUGAACUCCUGUGGUCUGAAGGCAGUUUAGACGGAGUUGCGACGCCACGUUUGACGCAGUUUAUGCCUUGCUAUCCCGGAGUUCGUUCCUGA